AUGUCGCAGAGACUGUCAACUUCAAGUCGGGAUUCGCUGUAUCUCACCGACACAACCACGCUGUUGCUUACCUGCAUGCCGUCUCGACCAGGCAGCGGCGGGCAGCAAUUGCAUUCAGCGGAGGUCGGUGUCAUUUUCCUUUCUGAUGCGUCAUGCAUGCAUGCAUUGCAAGCCACCAGCACCCAUGCUUUCGAGGCCUCGCGCCGUCUAGCCGGGACCUUGACACCUGCAAUGUAUGUGCCUAAAAUUCUCGGACUGGUGACAUUCGCCCCUGUCGUACCUCGGAGCAGGUACACUGAUGAGAUAAUAUCUGCAUCCAUCUUUAUGUAG